GGAUAUACUUCCGUCAUCUUUACCACAGAAAACAACCCACUCACAAAAAAUAUGUCAAAGGCAGGCGAUUCAAACAAUACUAGCCAAAGUUAUAAAUUGGUUGUAGUAGGUGGAGGUGGUGUUGGUAAAAGUGCCUUAACCAUACAAUUUAUACAGUCAUACUUUGUAACAGAUUAUGAUCCAACAAUAGAAGAUUCAUAUACUAAACAAUGUGUUAUAGAUUCAGUUGUUGCCAGACUAGACAUUUUAGACACUGCAGGACAGGAAGAGUUCAGUGCUAUGAGGGAGCAGUACAUGAGAUCUGGGGAAGGUUUUUUGUUAGUAUAUUCUGUCACAGAUAAAAGCAGUUUUAAUGAAAUUUAUAAAUUCCACAAGCAGAUAUUACGAGUGAAAGAUCGAGAAGAAUUCCCUAUGAUAUUAGUAGCAAACAAAGCAGAUCUAGAACAUCAAAGAGUGGUUACAAAAGAGGAAGGUUCAGAACUAUCAAGACAACUUAGAAUAAAUUAUAUAGAAGCUAGUGCUAAAAUGAGACUCAAUGUAGAUCAGUCAUUUUAUGACUUAGUCAGAAUUAUAAGAAAAUUUCAAGCAGAAGAAAGACCAGAAGAAAAUUCUCGAAAAAACGGAAGUGGCAAACAUCGGAAAGGACGAUGCUCUAUAUUAUGAUGUACAAAAGACAAAUUUACUGUGUAAAUGUGAUAGAAAAUGAGAUCACAAGCAAAAAGAGAGACAACUUCUGGUGCCAUGUAUUUUCAUUGUUAAAACAUCUGAACAGCAUCGUGUGUAAGAAUCGCUCUUUUGCUUCAGUUAAGAUGUUUGUGAUCGCUGAAACUUUUCAUCCUUCUUGUGUCUUCUGCCUUUGAGAAAGGAACUAUUGGUGUAGUCUUGAUGUUAUCCAUUCAUAUGUUGCAUUUCAUCUUUGAGAAGAAAAAACUGUUACCAAUAUAUAUAUAGUGAAUUGGCCAUUAUAGAAUCUAAAGAACCAUGGGUAAUUUCAUUAUUUUUACCCCAAAAUGAAAAGAAUGUUACAUCAUUGGUUGAAUUUCAAUUGUUUGGAAAGUUUUCAACCAAUCACAAUAUUUGGGUGUACACUUUUGAAAAUAUUACCCAGGAUGCAUUAGAUUCUGAAAUGGGGAAUUGUUUUUCCAGUGUAGAUUUUAUAAAUUGAUUGUGUUUUCCGGCAUAGAUUUUAUAUAGUGCUCAAAUGUUAACUGUUUUGUUUUUAAUGGACAUUAACAAUAAUGUUGUAAUGUUUUCUGUGACUUUAUACCCAUUUAGUGAACAACUUAUAAGACUAGACCUUUGACCUUGCUUUGACAUAUUCUAUCAUAGUCUGUGGUAGGGUCAGAUUUUUUUCAAAGUGGUCAUCCUAUGUAAAAAGUUAUUGUUGACAAUAUACAUUUCCUUGGACUUCCAAAAUUAAUGAAUUGAAUAUGAACAUGUAAUCUUCACCCAUUUUAAAUUUUCUUAAACUACCAAAAUCUUUAUUUAAGAAUAAAAAAAAUAUAUAAAUUGCAGUUUAUAAAUUUUGAAAAUGAUUAUUUUUUUACAUUUUCUUUUUAUUUGUAGUCCCAACUUCAAGAUUGUUUCCUUUAUUUUUGCAUUCCAAUAUAACUUAUUUUUUUGUAAACUUAUUAAAUUCUUGCAUUAGUACUAAUAUGGCUUAAACCAUUCACCUAUUAGCCAAUUUUCUUCCAGGUGAUCAUUUCACGGUUCGUUGACUUUGAAUAUUUUGCAUAAUUGACAUGUGAAACACCACUGGUAUUUUAAUUUCAACAUUCGCAGUGAUAAGAAAUAACAACAAAUAGUCAGCCAAAACAUAUCUCUUUGUCAAAAUUUUAUUUAAAAGCAGCUUAAAUAUCAAUCUAAAUACAAUUGACCACUUGAUGGAAAAGUGAUUAACACAUAAUAGUUUUGGCUGUGAAACAAUUAACAGUAUUAUAAUUUAUAGAUGUCUUUACCUCCUAUAUACAUAUAUAUAUAUUUCUCUGUAUGCUUUAUAACUAAUUCAUGGCCAGUUUCUGACUUUAAUGUGCAAUAUCGGAGGUUUCUGAUUUCUUAAUACGUACUAUAUUGUAUUUUGAAUUUAUGGCUGAAUGAUUCCCAGGGGGUUUCCCUACAAUAGUGCUGAAAAAUUACCAAGAGUAGGAAAUGUAUUUAAGGUGGUACCUAACACUUUCCUUAAAAUUAAUUUGGCUCGUUUAAUUUUCAUAAAAUUUUGACAAAGUAUUUACUUUGACCCUUUUACAAAAAAUAUAAAAAAUUCAAAAAAUUUUAACCAAGCGUUUUAUCCGAAAAAUUACACUGGUUAUAUAGCAGUUUGACAAACCCCAAUUUUGAUCAUUGAGAAGCUUUACAUUGCCUUCACAAUGCAAUUAAAACGUUUCGCUGAUAGUACAGAGUUAUCUCCCUGUAGUGUUAGGUACCACCUUAAUCAAAUUAUUUUCCAAAAAAUUAAAAAUUAAAAAAAAUCAGAUUGUAAACAAGGCAGAGUAGUAAUGGCUAAACUUAUAAGGACUAGUGACUGCACAGACAAACUUUGUGGAAAUUUGAAUCAUUGAUGUUUUGAUAGUACAUCUAAUGGUUGUCAUGGUUACUCAGUGCCCAGUCAGCACUAAAGGGAGAUAAAUCUUUAGAAAUCAACAAAACAUUUUAGAAAAUUGUGGAAAUAAAUAAUUUUAUAAACAUAGACUCAAAUUAGGAAAGAGGUAUUAUUCGUUGAGGAAUUGAUAUUUUUUUACUGAAAGAUUUGACUGAAAUAUGCUUUAAAGUAUAUCUUGCACCAAUUUUUUUAAGUUUCAUUCUUUCUUGUGCUUGCUAUCUUGCCGUCUGCCUAAGUCAUUGUGAGUAUUAAUAAGAGUGCUGAAUGAAAAAAAAGUUUGUUAAAAAGGUUUUUGUAUUCAAUGUUGUGUUUUUUUAACCCUAACAGUGGCAUUAUGAUAAAUUCUCUGCAUGUCGAUGCCAUGUCUUCUACAGUAUUGGGCAUCAUGUUGUCUUGUCUGCUGUGUAGCAGUCUGUCUGUUUUUCGGUAUUAGGCUACAUUUUUGGGAUUGUGUUUACCACAAAUUGUAUUAAAAGUCACAUUAACUUGACCAUUCAUUUUCAUUAUGCUGUGAACUUAUUCAAAUGCAUGCAAAGCUUAAGUUUUGACCCAGCUUUUGAAGCUCCUUGACCUUUUAUAUUCUUGAAAGUGUUGAUUUUAUGACAACUUUAUUCUUCUGUUUGAUUCAACAGAUAAUUUUUAAAUGUUUGGUUAUUCCAAGAUACUUUUGGAUAUCUGUAGAAGAAAACUUUCUUUACAAAUUUAACCUUUUUGUAGAACUUGAUUCAUACAAAUUCUAUUAUUGAUACUUUUGUCAUUUCUAAAAAGAAGUUUUUCAUCUCUUUGUCAUGUUACCAAAGAACUAUUGCAGCAUAAAAGUAUUUAACUUCUAUUUUCAUAUUGUUUAAUUGAUAUCGUAUAAUUCUAAUAUAUUGUAUAUAUAUUAUCCUUUCAAAAGAAAACUAAAAAUAACUUCUGUUUUAACAGAUUUAUGUAACUGUUUAUAUAUCCUAUAUAAGAAAGUAUACAAGAAAUAUAAAAAGCUGUAAAAAAAUAAUUUGUGUGAAGAAAAAAAUAGUCUUUGCCCAAACUAUGAAUUUAACUAGUCUUGUUGCAUAUGAAUGUACAUUCCUUUAGAAUCUUUCUGUAUCCUUUAUUUUGUUACUAUUUGUUAAUGAUAAUUUUAAUUUUGUAAAGAAUGUAAUAAUUUAUAUCUGACUUUUAAACUAGAGAGAUUAGUUUGUUUCUUGCAUUGUAUUAAAUUUGUUGUUAUUUAUUUUUUUGUAAAUUUGAUUCAGUUAUUUACUUUAUUUGUAUGAAAAAAAUGCAAAUAGGAAAGUACUGUAAUCAUAGUAAUAAGUUUGAAUUGUUUGUUCCUGUUUUUUUGCAUAUUUAUAGAUAAUAAAAUGGCAGGACAGUUUGCAAUUUGAGCAUUAUUAUUCUUAAUUAAUAUCUAUGUAUAUGGUUUAUUGAGAAUAAAGAUAUUUAGAAUUCUUAGUUAAUAAGAAUUCAUUUUUUUUUAAAAAGAAUUGUCUUUUUUCAAUUUUUUUAUUGGCAGGCUUGAAUAAAUUGCUUUUGCUUUUGUAUUUGUAAUGCUUGUAUAAUUACAAAGUACAAAGCUUAAGGGGAUCCGCAUUUAACUAAAUAAUUAUGUUACAUUUCUAACCAACAUUUUUUGGUAGCCAUUAUAGAGCUAGAUCAAGGUUAAGGAAGAUAAUUUUCAUAACUUUAAAUCGCUUAUGUGUUUGUAAAAAUUUAUUAUCAUCAAUGUUUGUAAAGUAUUUAUGUAAAACAGAAUUCUCAUUAUCUGUGUUACUUAAAAGCUUAAAAAAUGUUUAUGAAAAUGAUAGACAAAAACUUACCAGUGAUUUAUAACAGUUAUCUCCCUUAACUUAGACCAUCCUCUUCAAACUGGUCUGAACGAGAUGAGACUGGUUCUUAGGUUAUGAACCAAUAUUUUAAGCAUGAUUUUGAAAAAAAAAAUAAAAUAUAAAAAUGAGGGGGAAUUCCAGUUUUCAACCAUUUAUUUUUAUAAAACAAGACAAAACUUAGGGUGGAUUUAAAAAUUAUAAAAAAGUUGUAAUUAGUUAUAAACAUGUAAUCGAUUUGUACAGAUAUUAACAACUUUAUACAGUUUUAUUUAUACAACAUGUACUUAACUCAGAUUUGUUUUUAUUUUUAGGGAGUUUAUGUUUACAUUUAUUACGACAUUUAUAUAUAAGUAAAAAAAUAACAAUGAACUAUUCAGAUAUAGUUGUGGAAUAAAAUAUAAGAAUGAGUAUUUUGAUAAUUAAAAAUAUUUUAUUUAAAUUUGACUUUUCACUGAUAUGCUAUUAGUAAUGAUCAAUAUUUUGCAUUUAACUUAACAAUUAUUCCACAAUUAUCAUAAGACUUGCAUAUUCUGAAAGGUAUUUUUUUUAUAAAUACAUACUUUGUUGUAUUUAUAUAUGUGUAUUCCUAAAUAGCUUUAAAUUUUAUGCUUUUGAUAUUUCAGUUUUCUCCGGUAAGAAAAUUGCUUUCCAUAUAAUGUUUUUUUUGUAAUUUUAUAAAUUACAUUUAUUUUUUAUAAACUGUUUAAAAGAUAUAAGCUAGGUUAUGUUCUUACUUGAUAUAACCUUGAAAAUAUCUUUCCGACCCAAUAUUUUGAUAAGUUUGUCUAGUAGUGGACAUAUUUACUGGUCAAGGGUCCAGCUUGAUCUCUUCAGCUUAAUCACAGUUUUAGAUUGACUUUGGAAACUACUGAUUAAAUCUUAAAUAAAAUCACUUACAUAAUUGAUGACAAUUUUAUAUAUAUAUAGAUAAAAAAUAUAAAAUCUGGAAAAUUGGAGACAGGUUCAUGUGCAUAUUUAGGAGACAUGCUUAUCUAAAUAUAGAUAUAAAAUUGACUAACACAUUUAUUGUGUAGUCUUAAAAGCUGAAAAUCAUGCUUGAGCUUACUUAUGGAAAGUUAAGUAUUGUAUUUCUAAAUUUAAUUUUAAAGUAUCAUUAUAGAUAUAAAUGACUCAUUAGGGAGUGCAUAUUAUACUUAAAUGCAUACUAUACACAGUCGAAUACGGUAGUUCAGAUCAAUUUUACUAUUUUCAUUUGAUAACAACCCUUGGCUAGUUCAGAUGCUUAAUGAUAUCUGUCAUUUUAGCUUAUAUUGUUUUGUAUAUUGCUUUUAAUCAUUGUAUUUGAUUGAACAAAACUGUACAGCAUUUUAUUUUUCAUAUUUCUAGUCAUUAAAAAACAUGAAUAUCAAAACAUUAAUUAAUACUUUGUUUUUUCUUUGUGUACAUUUUUUUAUAUCGUCAUUGUAUUUUGAAAAUCUUUCCACCAUUAAACUCUUUAAGUCAGUGAUUUCACUAGUUUGAAAUACUAGAAAGAAAGAAUUUGUCAAUAAGUAUACCCCAAAUGUCUAUUAGGAUCAUACUCUCCCCUGUUUUUGAAUACAUGUAUAGCCAAAAUUACUACGUGUAAUAUGAUCAACUCAAGCAUUUCUAUGAAGUUUUAUAUUUUUAGAAAUAAAAAGAUUAUACAAAUCCUUGAAAUGAUUAAAGUUUAAUUUAUCAUCUUGUACUGUACAUUUUGUUCAUUAACUAAAAGAUUCUUUCAUUUAUAACAGAGCAAGUGUAUAAUAUAAAAAAAGAAGAUGUGGUAUGAUUGCUAACCCUAUUUGUUGGAGGAAUAUUUGUAAGUUAAUAUGUAAAUGAAUACAUUUGAAAAAAUCUAUGCUUUUUGAAAUCCAUUUAUAAUGUUGUCAGUUUGGUGCAGAAAUGUUGCAUUGUUUUCUUACAAACUGAACUAAAAGAAUAUAAGAAACUUAAAGCUAAUUUCCUAAUGCCUGUAGAGUAAAACUUUGGUAGGCUUGCUUGCUCUGUUUGUGUAAAUGUUUAUUCAAGCUUUGUAAUUAUGAUUGACAUCUUGAAACAAUAUAUAUAAUAUAAGCAUAGUUAAAUCUGUAUAUAUUUUUUUUACUUGUCUCCCAAUUACAACUGUAAAAUAUAACAGAGCAAGCAAGGAUACCAAAGUAUUGCACUAUAUGCAUUAGGAAAUUAGCUCUAAAAAUAUAUUUUCAAGGGUUGAAUAAGUAAGAGAAUUGGACAUUGAUUUUUUUACAGACCCUAUCCUGUGUAACCAUCUAGAAUGCUAAACCAAAGUUGAAAACACAAAACUGUAACAAUGAAACUAUCAUAUUUUUUUCUUCAGAACUCUAUGGGGAUACACUAUUACUAUGAUUGUAGAAAAAAUGACCUAGUUAAAGGUGUUAAAGGUGUUAAAGAUCUACAAACAGGAGUAAUCCCCCUCCCACUACUUUUUAUAUAAUUUUUGAAUUUAAUUUUGCAUUCAAAUACCAAUACUCUAGUAAACUGGCAUUUUAUAUGAAAUUAAAAUAUCUGUUAUGUGUAAUGUUUUAGUUUUAGUCUUAAGAAAGAACAUUUAUUUUUUCCAUUGAGGCCCUAAAAACAAGAGCCCACAUGUAUUUGCAUUGCUCUGACUAUUCUGUCUUUCAUCUUUUUGCUUAAUUGAGCUGAAUUCGUAAUGUCUCGCCUAAUGCAUUACUCAAUUUUUUCAUUGUAAUUAUGUGGAAUGAGUAGUUUUACUGCAGCUUUCUGAUCAAUUUAUCUCCAAUGCAUCAUUACAUAGUAAAUUUUGGGGAUAUAAGAAUUUUCAAUGGUGACUAUUCAAAAUAAACAUUUUAACCUCCAAAUAUAUUCAAAUUAUAGCAAAAGCCUUGAAAAUUUGACCAUCAGGUUAUGUAGUUACAUUUAUGGUUAAUACAUUGACUUUGCAUGCACAAGUUCUACUCCUUUAAUUUCUUUGGUUGGACCCCACUUUUCCAAAUCCUGGCUCUGAACUGAAAAUGACCUGAUGAAGGUGGCUUUUUGGCUAAUGCAAAAUAAAUAAAAAGAUGUGUCUGAUUUUAAACUCAAUAUGAUUGUGGUUGAUUUAAAUAUAAUUAUUCAAACAUUUGUUUUUAACAAAAUAGUACUAAAUAAAUGUUCCAACUAAAAAGUACAUACAUUAUUUCACUGACAUCCAUUUUUAAUAUGUAAAGGACUUUUUUGUUGGACUUUUCCUCCAUACAAAUUAUAUCAAGAUUCAAUAACAUUUCUCAUAUGAAUUUUCAGAUUUCAGAGAAUCUUAGAUAAAGAGUUUAAAGAGCAAACAUUCAAAUCUAACUUUGUGAAUCGGACAUGAUGACUACCCUACUAAGCUAUGUUCAUUUCAUUUUAUGUGUCGGAAAGUGUUAAUAUGAUCAUUUUCUAAGCCUUUUGAAUCAAAAUCACUAAGUAUUAUACAUCUAUCAAAUACAAGUUCAUCAAAAAAUUGUCAGAUAUCAGUCCUGAUAUAUUUCAAUUUUGUCUACAUAUAUGUAACUGUUUUGUGCCAUCUAACUUCGAACUUUGACCAAUUGCUAGAUUUUCCAAUUAACAUUUAGAUACUAGCAACUGCCUUAUCCGAAAACUUAUUUGGUCUAAAAAUGUUGAACUAAGAUGUUGAUGUGAAUCAAUUAAAGUUGAAGUAUAGCUGUGGCUCAUUUUGAAUUAGACAAAAACCUAUUUGUAAAAUGACCUUAUUUAAAUUUUGUUUAUGAUGUUACAGUGACAACACAUUUAAAAUUUUGCACCCGAGUGACCAGAUAUUUUUCAUUUAUUUAUAAAAUCACAUAAGUGUGAAAGGAUUGAAGAAAUAUUUUUGCUGUUACAAGGGCCAACUAAUCACUAGUACCAUACAGCCUUUUGAUUUUUAUUACUAGGAACAGAACCCUUGAACUUGAGUCUUACAUAUUGAUUUAAACAAUAAUUUCUAUUGGUUUAGAUCAUGUCAGGUGACUUUUAAUUGAAUUCCAAGUCAUACACAAUUUUAACCCAAUUUUCUUGCAAUUUUUAUCCAGAGCCUUUUUAACUAUAAUUAAUUGAUAACUGUUCUGGGUAGACAUCCUGCUUCAGUAACUUUGUUUUAGUUUACCAUGGUAACAGGUGUCACAUGUGAGAAAAUUGGGUCUCAACUCAACGACUUAAGAUGAAAAUAAAAAUUAAAGAUUACAAUUUUUAGAAAGUGUUUAUAUGUAUGGUUUUACUUCCACUUGCCUAUAUGUUGUCAGAAGUUUUGGUCUUUUUGAAAUGGUUCUUAAAAGUGUUUUUGGUCUAUAUGAAAAACUGUAAUUGUAUUAAUGUAAGACAAUGCAUUUUCAGGUUCUAUUUUGUGAUAUUAUCGCUUGUUUUUUUAAAAUCAUCUAUAUAUACAUGUGUGUCAUUAUUUAUAUCUGAGUUUCAUGUAUAUGUGUGUGGUUAUAUAUUAAAUGUCUUAUAAAUAUAAUGCAAGUUUCUUUUCUGUCUUUCAACAUAUUGUGUAGUAUAGAAUAAUUAUUUUUUUUGUAAUUAUUUUGGCUAUUUUUUAAAUAGAGAAAGCUACUUUGAAAUUUGUGCUCUUUAUAAAAUGAAUAAGAAUCGAUUCUUGGAAGAUGAUAAAUUUUGAGGAAAUUCUGUUUCAAUUUUCAUUCAAGUUUACAUCAAAUAGUAAUGUGUAAUGAAUAGAUAGUGAGAAUAAAAGAAAUUUAAUAUAUAUUAUAUUAACUGAAAAAUAUUCCGAUACUUGCUUGUUAAAUACAGGAUGAAAUUUAUUACUCAUUGGGUUUGAAUUAGAUUAUUUUUCCAUUUCGCUUUUCAGUCUCUAAAGGACUAAGGGUAAUUGCUCAAAAAUAUAUUAUGUCAUUGGUAGAAUAUACAUUUUUCAGGAAAAUUAUAAAUUAGUCAAAAGUUUAAGUGUACUUUAUGAAAAUAUUAGCCAGAAUGCAUUAGAUUAUAAAAUGGCGAAUUAGUAUACCGGUAAUAUAACCAGAAAAAGAGAUGACAAGCGAUGAUUUAAAUUAUUAGUACAAUCUGGAAUAGAACAUAAAUUUAAAUUUAGAACUUCACUUAACAUCCCAUUUUGGUUGCAAUUGAUUAACAAGAGAAAUUUAGGGAGGGGCAGAAGGAUCUUUUUCCGGACGUCAGGAUUGGACCUCUCCUUAUUGUGGGAAAUUUGGAUUUACACCUUUCUGGUCUCAGUAAUUUAAGAUUUAUUUUUUUGGGAUCUGGGAAACAAUGCUUUAUUUUUCAGGAAGUUGGGUUGCCCUCUUUAAAGUAUGGACAAUCUUUUUCUUAUAUUUGAACAUAAUUGGCUUUAGUUAAUAUUAGCUGUAAAAGCCAAGAUAGAUGUGCUUACAAUUAUCAGUAAUUUUUACCUUGUUAUUAAUAUUUGUGUAUGAUAAACAUUGUAUUACCAAUAGACUGGGAAGAAAUUUGUAUGUAUAUUACCUAAUUGUUGUAUUACAGCUAGGAAGGAUAUGUUGCCUUUCAUCAAGGCCAUAAAAAAAUAAUUUUUAUAUUCUUGUUCUCGUCUUUAUUAGAAUGUUUGAGGGGUAAGAGGAUUAUCUUGUUAUGCUUUAUUAGCUCAGCUAGCACAAUGGGUAAGUGAUAUCUAUUUGCCAUUUCAGAAUCUAAUGCAUUCUGGGUAAUAUUUUCAAAAGUGUACACCAAACAUGUUGAUUGGUUAUUUUUUUUUUAAAUAAUUGAAAUUCAACUAAUGACACCGUUAUUUUCAUUUUAGUGUAUGAACAAUGAGAUUACCCAUAGUCCUUUAGAUUCUGAGAUGGCAAAUUGCCAUCUCUGGUCAGCAAUUUCAAUAUUUUUUCUUCUAAAAAAUUAACAAGUUUUUGCUUGAAUAAUUUUGAAUCUUCUUUAUCUUAGUUAUUUAUUGUUAGAAAAACUGAGAAAGGAGGAAUUUAUGAUCCCUUUUAUGAACAGCAGAUUAUGUACUGCAAUCAAACAUGGCAAUAUUUUAGAAUUCUCAAUCUAUUUUCCUAACCUUUUUGCUAUUUAGUUAAGUUGGAGGGACACUAAUUGAAAAGUUAGUUUUAUAUGGCCUAAUAAUUGUUUUCUUACCAUGUAAUUAUGUAUUUUUAAAAUACAUUGAAUAAACUUAAUGAAUUUUA